GCUGCCCUACAGUUCAAACCCACCCUUUAUGGGAGAGUCUGCAGGAGGAAAGCUGUGCUUGCUUUGUUCAGGAAGUGAAAAAAAAGAAAAGAAAAGAAAAAUACAAUGCCCGUGCUCAGGCAGACCCUGGAAGCCAGAUCUCCAAAGCUGACCCCAUAUCUCAUUAGAGGAGUUUCUGAAGUUUAUUACGAGUGGAUGGCCCUCGUGGAAGUGAAGGAAGAGAGCUCUACAAGUUGGGGCAACUUUUAAAUCUAGACAUGGGCGAGCUGCCAAAGACUUCUGCACCUCCUACAUCAGCGGUGGGAUAUCCAAAGCCCGGAUCCAUAACUUCUAACAGCUGGGCACAAACCAAAGAACUCCCUCUGCCGUCACGAUGGAACAAGAUGGGUUUCUGGUCCGAGCGUGCCGUCAGUAUGGUGGAGGGCGAGACGGGAGGUCUGGGCUGGGCAUGUGACAAACCCGGGUCCGUGUCGAGCGCUGCGUCUUUCGCCGGCUCCACGUCGUGUGUGUCUUCCAGCACCGCUUCUUCACGCUAUAAGACUGAACUGUGUCGCACGUUCACAGAAAGAGGCACGUGCAAAUACGGGAGCAAGUGCCAGUUCGCCCACGGAGCCGAGGAGCUACGCGGCAUCAACCGCCACCCUAAAUACAAGACCGAACCGUGUCGCACGUUCCAUUCCAUCGGUUUCUGUCCGUACGGCAUCCGCUGCCACUUCGUUCACAACAACGAUGACGACGCACACCUCCGCCCUCGCCAGCCCUCUCUUCCUACAACUACCCAGCGUCCACCUCUCCUAAAACAGAGCUUCAGCUUCGCCGGCUUUCCUUCCAACCCCUUACCUCUGGAUCGUCCCUUUUCUCAGUCGUCGUUCCUCGGCAUGCCGUCUGCCUCGCCGCCUUCCUCGGGCACCGUCUCUGACCUCCUGGCCAUGGCGUUCCCAGAGUUCCUGCCCUCGCAUGACUCUGGCUGCUCCAGCGGUGAGCCGACUCCCACCACCUCGCCCUCUCAGAUGGCGCCUGGUGUACCUGACCAAAGUUUCAGCGUCUCACUGGGCACGCGGAGUCUGUCGCUCACGUCGCUCUCGGACCACGAGGGACGUUGUAGCAGCUCCGCCAGUAGCCUGAGUGGCUCCGAUUCGUCUUCGGCUAACGACAGCGCCGCCAAGAGGCUGCCCAUCUUCAGUCAGCUGUCUGUGCCUGAUGGUUUCUACAGUGAAGGCAGUUCAAGUUUCUUCCUUUAGAACCGUAGUUCUCGUUCUCGCACGGUUCCUGAUCUCGAUGAUCGAUUCUGCUAUCGUUUAGACAAUUUUGUAUUCGAGCUCAGUGUGAAGAUUGUACAUGCACCAUAUAAAGAAAUAUGUGGAGGAAUGCGUUUUUCUCUUCUUUUCCAUUUCCCUUCUUUCUUCAUGUUCUCCAGUUCAUGAUCCCAAUGUAAGUCUGAGAAAAGAUGGAAGUUGAAUUGUGGGUUUGGAGUGAAACACUGUCUGUAAUCAGUAUUUAAAUUGGCUGCUGGUUAAAAGCAUUUAUUUAAAAAGGAAAAAAAAAAAAGAGCGCGCGAGAGAAAAAAGCCAAAGAAUUUGACUCUUUUUGUAUGAAUGAUGAAUGUUCCAUAGAUUCAGUGUUUUCUCUCGAUCUACUGAGAUGAAUCUCUCUCAUGUCACCUGUACAGAACUCUUGUUUCGGACAUGUUUCUUCUAGAAACUGCUGCAGUUAAGAAACUGUUUUUGUGUGUUCUUCGAAUUCUGUUGGGCAGCAGAGGAUUAGUUGGUUUUCAGAAGAAAGUCAGUCUUGUGAUAUUCUGUAGGGAUUUUAAUUUAAAUUGUGAUUAGGUGUAUUUGUGUGUGAGGAUUAAGUGACUCCCCCUUCUUUUUUUUUUUUUUUUUUUUUUUAAACAUGGUUCUGAUGGGUAUUUUUUCAAGCCUUCCAUGUUCCAUAUAGAGUUGAUGCAUCAUCCCAGCAGCUUGAAUACUUUUUUUUUUUUUUUAUAUAUAUUUAUUUUAUUGUAUUUAUAGAAGACGUUUCAUGUUUUGUGUUAAGUUUAAUAUAUUUUUUUCUCUCCAGUUUUGUACUGAAAAUAAAACUUUUUUUUACAAGUA